AUGUAGAAUUAUUCAAAAAUCGUGAGAAGAUCUAGAAUGAAUAAACUUAAUUAAUUGAGAAUUUAAUAAAAGUACAAAAUAAACUUAAAGAACAAUAAAAAUAAUUUUGCAUAAGGGAUUUCUAAAUUAAAAUUAGAAAAAGCUACAUUAAACUUAGAAAGGCUAAAGAAUAAACUUAAUUCUACACCUUUUUUUAGUUAAAUAUAAAAUGAAAACUAAACUUAAACAGAUGAAACAAUUGAAAGCCUAGAAAAAGUGAAUUUAGCCAAAAUAGAUCUAUAAAAGGAGAUAAAAUAGGUUUAGUAUCCAAUUUUAAUUAUUAGUAUUAAGAUAAGGAAUCUAAGCUUCUUGAAUAAAUUCAAACUCUAUAAAAAGAAAUUAAUAGCCUUAAAUAAAAGGAAGGUUUAUUUUCUUUACUAUCUAUUUCCUAUUAACCUUAAUUUAAUGCCAAUUAUAAAUUAUCUAAAUAUAAUGUUGCUAACCCUAAAUUGAUUUAAGGUAAUAAACUGACUAAUAUUAAGCCCCAUAAGGAGGAUUUGGGAUUGCCACAAUGUAACCUCCGUUACCUAAAGAUAAGCUAACAACAUUUGCUUUUAAAAUAAAUGUAUAAUUUUAAAUGAAUUAGAAAUACAAUUCAUGGGUAGGGGUAGGAAUAGGAAUAUGUCACUUAUAAACAGCUUAUGGUUUUAACUAUGAUAUGAAUGGAAAUUAUACAUCAACAAACCAUAAUACUUAUCUUGCAUGUGCUGGAGGAUAUAGAAUUUCAAGUUAUGAAGGUUAUAAUGGUGUUACUAAUUUUAUAUAUAAUUAAGGAAGUAUCAUAAUUUGUUAUUAUGAUCCUACUAAUUUUAAAUUAAAUUUAUUGCAUCUAAAUGUAUAAAAAUAAUUUAUAAAAAGGAUGGAAAAACUUACUUAUUAGAUUUAACAAAUAAUAAUGGUUUAGAAAUGUCUCCAUGUGUAAUGUUAUACGGAAAUGCAGAAGUAGAAUUUAUUUGA